GGAGGCCGGCGCCAAUGGCUGGCGAAGAGGAGGGCGGAGCCGAUAGUUUCUCUAGGGCCUCGGAGCCGGAAGCGCGACCUGUGAGGUGACUGAGGAAAGGCGGCAGGAUGUCUUCAGGUGCGUUGUUUCCAAGCCUGGUGCCAGGCUCCCGUGGCUCAUCCAGCAAAUAUUUGGUGGAAUUUCGGGCAGGAAAGAUGUCUCUAAAAGGCAGUACUGUAACUCCAGAUAAACGAAAAGGCCUUGUUUACAUCCAGCAAACUGAUGAUUCCCUCAUUCAUUUUUGUUGGAAGGACAGGACUUCUGGCAAUGUUGAAGAUGACUUGAUUAUCUUUCCUGAUGACUGUGAAUUUAAGAGGGUACCUCAGUGCACUACUGGUCGUGUAUAUGUGCUGAAGUUCAAGGCAGGAUCAAAGCGACUUUUCUUCUGGAUGCAGGAACCGAAGACUGAUAAAGAUGAAGAGCACUGCCGUAAAGUGAAUGAGUAUCUCAACAAUCCUCCAAUACCUGGUGCUUUGGGUGGGAGUGGAAGUGGAGGCCAUGAGCUCUCAGCAUUAGGAGGUGAAGGUGGCUUGCAAAGCCUUCUUGGAAAUAUGAGCCAUAACCAGCUCAUGCAGCUGAUUGGACCAACAGGCUUAGGAGGACUCGGUGGGCUUGGUGCACUGACAGGGCCUGGCCUGGCUAGCUUAUUGGGAAGUGGGGGACCCCCAACCAGCAGUUCAUCAUCAAGUUCUCGCAGCCAAUCAGCUGCUGUAACCCCAUCUUCCACUACUUCCUCUACACGUGUCACGCCAGCCCCAUCUGCUCCUGCGGCUGCAUCUGCAUCUGCAUCUGCAACUAGUCCCAGCCCUGCACCAAGUUCGGGCAAUGGAACCAGCACAGCAACAAGCCCAACUCAGCCCAUUCAGUUGAGUGACCUUCAGAACAUUUUAGCUACUAUGAAUGUGCCAGCUGGAGCAGGAGGACAGCAAGUUGAUUUGGCCAGUGUGCUGACUCCUGAGAUCAUGGCUCCCAUUCUGGCAAAUGCUGAAGUUCAAGAGCGGUUACUGCCUUAUCUUCCAUCUGGGGAAUCACUGCCGCAGACAGCAGAAGAGAUUCAGAACACUCUGACAUCUCCCCAGUUUCAGCAGGCAUUGAGCAUGUUCAGUGCUGCUUUAGCUUCAGGACAACUUGGCCCACUAAUGAGUCAGUUUGGCUUACCAGCUGAGGCAGUAGAUGCAGCAAAUAAAGGUGAUGUAGAAGCAUUUGCUAAAGCAAUGCAGAACAAUGUCAAGUCAGACCAAAAGGAGGGAGAAUCAAAGGAAAAGAAAGAUGAAGAGGAAGAUAUGAGUUUAGAUUAAAUUAUCUGCUCUCCCUUAUGAAUAGUCCUAGACAUUAACUUAAGCGGCUUCAGUAGGAUUACUAGCUAACUUCAUAUUAUCCUUUAUCCUAAAUCUACAAGUAAAGGAUUUUUAUCUGCCAAAUCA